CGUAUAAAGCGCAGCCACACGUUUCCAGAGACACACUCCUGCUAUGGCUCAACUCGGCUCGCUGCAUGUGUCCGUGGGCAUCCUGGGCAUCUCUGGCGGUUCUCUCCUGCUUUUGGUGAAUGACUAUGGCAGCUCUCCUGAAACAAACCUCAUCCCCUACACUGCACUGGGGAUUCUGCUCCUCAUCAUUGCAGCCCUCUUAGCUUAUGCAGGUAUAUGCCGCAGUCUGUCCUACGCCCAGCUGUUUUCGUCUGUGUGUCUGACUGUCUCUGCCCUGUGGUGUGGUUCAGGUCUGGUGUACAUCCUGGUGGGGCAGGGAGUGCUGCAGCCCACAGACCUGAGAUCCUCUCUGAUCCCUGGUCUGGCAGCUUUCACUUUAGCUCUGCUCAUCAUCGGCAGUGUUGCACUCAUAGCAAAGAAAGCAGUUCUGGCUGUCAUAGCUAUCGGCAUUAGCCUAGCAUGUGCCCAUCAAAUCGCCGGUCUGUCAGCUGCAGGUUUUGGUCAGUCUGCCACAGCUGCUAACUACCUCGUCGUCUGUCUGGUUGGUGUUUACUUUGGUGUUGGGCGUCUGCUGUCCAUCAUCACUCAUGGCAAAGUGGAACCUCCGGGAACAGGCCUGAAGAGAAAAGCUGAGCUGAAAACAGAGCAGAACCAGGGGUGCAGCGAUGCUGUGUCAGUGGGUUUGGUGAUGAACUUGCUGUCUGCCUCUGUGUUAGCCUGUCCUCUGUUAGGUGUGGUCCCCCGGCUCUUCACUGGUCAUGUCCCCUGGCUGUGGACAGCUGGAGUCUACCAGCUCGGCAUGUGUGUCCUCUUUUAUCGAGCCAUGGACACACUAGUUGCCACGUUUUAUGGCUUCACUGCUCUGUUGAGAUUUGCAGAAGGUUACAGCGCUCUCUUAUCGUUCUACUCAAUCCAGCCUUUCUCCCCUGUUCCCUUCCCUGUCGUCUUCUCUGUGCUGUUCUUCGUCUUGGCUCUGUUCAGUUGUCAGAAGAGCUUGCUGGAGGGGCUCUACCAAUUAUUCUUUGUUGCCUAUUGUAUUGCCAUUGCAGCCCAGCCGCAAGGCUUCUUCCAAGGAGGCACUCAGGGUGUACAGGCAGCUAUAUUUGUGGUCUCUGCCUGCAUGCUUUUAAUUACCACUUUCAAUAUGGUCUCCAGUACCAUGAUUCCCACAGGGCAGGGCUAUUUCAAGGCUUUAGUAACCAGGAUGCAGAGAUUUACCCUCAGAGCACAUGAUAAAGAACUGCAUACACCUCACCUGGGCUACUCCAAAUAUGCAGAUGCUGAGGUGUUAGGCCACGCCUGCAAUGUAUUGGCUGCUUUUGCUGUCACAGCCACAAUUGGUGACAGAAAUCCUCUUUAUGUGCUGGUUCUGCCCUGGGUUGUGGUGGCUGGUGGGGCGCUCCAGCUGCUCUGUGGCUCAGUUGCAUUCGCUCGGGGUAAAACCUUUGAGAGUGCAGUUUUUAUGGUCUAUGGCAUGAUGUGGACAGUGUGGGGGUUGACACGAUACGGAGGCCUGUACGGUGAAACCAGAGGCUUCAAUGUGUCUGUCGGGAUCAUUACCUUCAUGCUGUUUAACAUUUUAGUGACAGCUGCGGCGCUGUUUCUAAAUAUCGCCUGGUUUGUCUACGCCUUCACCUUCCAGCUCAUCCUCAUUAGCUUCCUGCUGGAAGCAGUGGGUGCUCUGCCUUUUGGUUAUGACAUAGGAGUCACCAUCAUCUUUGGUCUCGUCAGUUUCUAUUGUUUCCUGGGCCACCUUUUCAACAGCACCUUCCAGUCCCCCCAGAUCCCCUUUGGGAAACCUUUCCUCAAGCUGAGAGGUGUUGGGGGAGGCGCCAAUGUCUGUCCACAUGUACCAGCCCGAAAGGCCACAUCUGUCCAGCAGAUUGCAGAAAUCAUGAAAAACGGCGGCAUAUGUGGAAUGCCUACUGACACCGUCUAUGUCCUGGUGGCAGCUUGCAACAGGCCUGACGCAGUUGUUAAAGCUUACAAGGUGAAGAAGCAGGCGCAGGACAGACCCAUGUCCAUGUGGAUCUCCUCCAUCAAGCAGCUGGAGCCAGUGCGACACCUAAUGAGCCCUCUGCUGCUGGACUUCAUGCAGGCUGCGUGGCCCUCCUCCAUUAGCAUGGUUAUACUCAGAGGUCCAUGGAUGGACACUUUUGGUCUGGGAGAUGCUGCCAAACACAUAGGGACUCCACAAAGCAUAGCUAUCAGAAACCCAGACUGUGCUGUGGCCACCCACCUCAUUAAUCUGGUGGGGCCCAUCGCAGUAACCUCAGCUAACCCUACAGGCGAGGCAGACACAACUCACCACAACCAAGUUUAUGCCAAACUGGGAGACAAGGUGGAUGGUGUUCUAUGUGAUGGCCCCUCCCCAGAGAACAUUGCAUCUACUGUGGUCGACUGCACUAAGAUUGACACGGGACACAUUGGUUUCUUUAGAGUGGGUCUCAUUCCGAAAUCCAAGGUUCUUCAGAUCUUUGAAGAGGUUCAGAGGAGACACAGACAGGGGCAGACCAAUCCAGCUUUUGAGCCUGAUCUGCAUGUACCAGACACACUACAGGACCUGAGGUCAGCAGAGGACAACACAACAGAGUCAGGAAGAGGAAGUGGAAGCUCAACACCAGCCACAGUUUCACCUGAACAAAGCCCAGUCCUCAGAAAUGGGUCAUAGGAUCAAUGCACUGCUUAAAAGUGCUGCCAGCUGUAACAUAAAGUCACAUGUACACAAAUAGUUAUCACUAAAUGAAUGAAGUCUGAUGCAAUCAUUGACAUGUUUUUAAAUGUUUCAUACAGGACCCUCUUUACACUUGUGUGAAGUUUAAAGCGUGAUAAUUUAAAGCACACAAACUAAUGCACUAUCACUUGUAAUAUGACUAUAUAAUUCCAAUUUAUGUUUUGUACUGUACAUAUAUAUGUAUAUAUAGAUUUUUAUGUAUAUUGCCUGAACUUUUGUAAUUUUAAAUAAUUAAAUGACAUCAAUACACUGUAUAUACUUUCAUGACAAAAUUACAUUAAAUUAUUUCUAAAAAAAAGUUUCAAUGUACAAGUACAUAUACAUAUUAAAACAUAUAUGUUUUAAUAUA